CUCGACAUCUUCCCUAUAACUCAAGUUGUAGUAGGGAACUACGUCCCUGUGAUCGCUGGUCGCAUAUUUGUACAAUUCCUCACUCCCUUCUAUCAAACAAUGCUCCUUCACGAACCCGUCCGCCAGCUCACAAGCCCAGGCGGGGCACCGUUCUCAACUCUUGCUGGCUCGCCUGGAAUUGCAGUUCCGAUCAACUUAGCUAUGCUAAUUGCGAAUCUUGGCAGUGGGUUCACGGCCGGUGCGACAUUCUUGGAUACGUCGUACUGCACAGAUGUUCCUUGUCCGCCUAGAUUGUCCGCCAAUCCAUGGGUCAUCAAUGUGAUUAUCACUACUCUGAUCAUCCAAGCUAUUGCCCUCCUGUUCAUGCUUUCGCAAUGGUGGAGGAAGCCGAAUUCGUUGAGUGCGGAUCCAACCAGCAUUGCUGGAGUUGCCGUCGUAAUGGGGCAUCCGAGAAUUGAAGAAGAAUUCUCCAAUGUCCCAGCUGAUCUCACAGUCGCGGAACUUCGCAGGAGAUUGAAAGGGAGGAAAUACAAGUUAGGGAAUUUCCAGACUGAUAGCGGGAUCGUGAAAUUUGGCAUCAUGCCUAUGUCUACCGAGGAAAUGGCUCAGCGGAGACAAAGGAAAGAUGGGUUCUUCUCGAAGCUUGGGGCUUUAAAAGAGAAGAUCCCUUUCAUUAAUGAUUGGAGGAAUAAUAGGUUCUAUUUUGAUACUGUAUUCGCGAUGCUGUUGUUGGCGUUGUUGGGCUUGACGUGUGCAGCGCUGAGUCGUGUAGAUAAAACGCAGGUCGUUUUCUUGGCUACGGCCGCUGCUUCAGGGACGGGGAUGAGGAUCUUUUUGGCUGUGCUUGGUACGCUCGUCUCGUCUUACUGGGGACGACUGUUCCGAGACAUGCAAACCUUCACUCCAUAUAUCGACCUCGGACGAGGUGAUGCAGAACCAGACCCGACGAUUUUGCUUCGGAAACACACAUUCCCAAUAACCGCUUUCUUUCCACUUCUGUGGAAAGGUCACUUCACAGCCGCAUCUGUAGCUUUUACCGGCCUCGCUGCCGAGUUCCUCAUCAUAGCCCUAGCCGGACUACCCUAUAGGCCAGGACAACAGCGCGGCGAAUUCCUAUUCUGGAGUGUUCUCAGUCUCGCUAUCCUGACCUUAAUGGUGGCACAACUAUUGAUUGUAAAUGUUUGGAGGAGAAAGCUACCAAUGCUGACCAGACCGCCCGAUACUAUCGCGGCGGUGAUGACUUAUGUGGCUGGUACCGGCAUGAGCAGAGACUUUGAGAGUCUAUCGAUGGUGAAGACGAAAGAAAGGGAUGAGGCUAUCAAGCAAUUGGGGAAGAAUUAUGCGUAUGGGUGGAGAAGAGAUCCGAAUGGACAGAUGAGAUGGGUGGUGGAUGAAGUGAGGGGUAAAGAGGGUGUGCCGUUUGCUCCUAGGAGAGUGGAUAGCUUUUGA